GCUCCAGACUUCACACAUCAGGAUGGUACAAUCGCACAACCAUGCUGUGCGGAACCAGUGGUAUACCGUUCCCAUGCUGAGUGUCAGAGGCAACUGCUGAUAUGCACAGUUUCAGGAGGCAUAAGUGCCGAAACGAAGAUCGGACAGGGCACUACGCAUAUUUCAGUGCCUCGGAUUGCCUUGAAGGGCGAGAGACCAGAGACAGAGGGAACGCUCCUUCCCGUGGAGUGCCUCAACAGGAGCGUAGCGUUGUGGUCAGGCGACACUCUCGACACCAACAAGAUGGACUUGGAGAAAAACGGAACGGAACUACCUCCUAAGCAAGGUUUUCGACUGACACGAGCAUUUCGGUUCGAUUACGUGACGACGUACCGAGCCCUGUUCUCGACAGUUUCGCUGGCGAAUAUAAUCGCCAUGGCCAUCGUAUUGACCAACUGUGAAAGACAGGAUGGCUGGAAGUUCAACGAUAUACUUGGCACCGCUGUCGCCGCCAAUGCUACCGCGGCGAUUAUCUGUCGCAACGAGCUCUUCGUCAACCUUCUCUUCAGUAUUGCCACCGCGGUGCCGCGUUCUGCCCCGAUCCGGAUCCGGAAGCGAGUGUGCCAGGUCUACCAUUAUGGUGGUAUCCACAGCAGUGCCGCCGCAGCAGCGACAGGGUGGUAUAUCGCGUUGGCCGCUUCGACGGCGUACACAACCCGCUUCAAUCGAACCCUACGCGGCUGGACUAUCGUGUCCUUAUCCUCAAGCAUCGCUUGCAUUCUUGUCAUGAUGUGUAUUUCAGCCAUGCCUUUCAUUCGAUCCAACUUGCACAAUUGUUUCGAGCGCAUUCACCGAUUCGGCGGCUGGAUAUGCAUAGUUCUCUUCUACACUCAAUUCUUUCUCUCCACCAUCUGGUUCCCCGAUACCAGCACUGGCUCCACGAUCAUCAAAAGACCCGCGUUCUGGCUCUUAGCGGUCACCACAGCUUGCAUAAUCUGGCCGUGGAUCAACACGCGAAAGAGGCCGGCAAAAGUGGAAAAGCUCUCGCCGCAUGCCAUCCGUGUCCACUUCCGAGGUCUCGUCCAUUCGUGCAUGGGAAUCCGCAUCGCCAUUAACCCGUUGAACCAACAUCAUGCGUUCGCAACCAUUCCCGAAAUGGAAAACGAUUAUCCGAGUUUCAGCGUAAUAAUUUCCAACGCCGGUGAUUGGACACAUCGGAUCAUUACUUCGCCGCCGUCUCAUUUCUGGAUUCGGGGACUGCCAGUCUUCGGGGUCCUUCGCCUAGCAACCAUAUUCAGCCCGGUGCUAGUGGUGGCGACAGGUUCUGGCAUCGGUCCAUGCCUCGGAUUGUUCGUCAAUGCUCCUCACCUCAAAUGCCGGGUACUUUGGGUGACGAGAAGCCCUGAGAGCAUGUUCGGCAGCCGAAUCAUUCAGAGCGUCCUCCAGGCAGAUCCAAAUGCUAUCAUUAUCGAUACCGGCGUCUCUAGGAGACCGGAUCUCAUCAAGACAACCUAUGAACUCUAUGUCGAGUCAAAUGCUGAGGCGGUAUUCUGCAUAUCGAAUCAGAAGUCGACAAGGGAGGUGGUUGGGGCGAUGGAGAGGCGCGGCGUUCCUGCGUACGGCCCAAUAUGGGAUUCAUAAUCGGUGGUCUACUGUGAUAGACGUAAUAUACCGACAGAAACGCAGGUCUGCGGAAGAUACAUGUUCUGAAAGCAACAUCUUGGCGAUAUUACUGCUUGCAAAAUAUGGGGGCUUGGUAUUUGCGAUAGGAAGUUAUGACAAGACAAGAGGUCUCAGAAAGGGAAAUGCAUAG